AUGUCUACUCACCAAAUCAACCUGCUUACCUCACCUACUUUCUUACCAAAGGUGAAGGAUCAAGGGAAAUUCACUCUCCCUUGCACACUUGGGCAUAUUGAGCUUGACAAUGCCUUGGUGGAUUCUGGUGCAAGCAUCAACCUCAUCUCACUCACAAUGGCAGAAAAGAUUGGCAUUGCUGGAGCAUUGCAGCGCCCUACUACUUCAAUCAUGUUUGGAGAUGCAACUUCAAAGUCUCCUCUUGAGAGCCUUCAAGCUUUGUUUGAUGAGCCACUAGGAAGGGCUCUAAAAGAAGGGGAGGAUGCAGCCUCUAAGGCAAGACCAGGUGAUAAAAGAAAGGAUCCACCAGCUCAGGCCCCUUCAGUCAAGCCAUCUCAGCUCACUAUGACCUUGUUCCCCACCAAGUUUGAAAAUGGGAAGAUUGAGUACAAGAUAAGGUACAAGGGGAGAUCAAGACCAUUCUCUAGAGCCAAGGCCUUGGUGACUUCAGAACAGUCCAGGGACCCAACCAAGCUAAAGGAGCUUCUGUCUCAAGUCCUCACUAUCACCCUUGAUGGUGAGACUAGCUCAACCAAUGCCUAA